GUGAUGGAGACCAAUCAAAGUCUGGUGACCGAGUUUGUUCUGAAAGGACUAACAGACAAUCAAGAGCUGAAAGUCCCUCUGUUCCUGGCUUUCUUGUUGAUCUAUGUCAUCACCAUGGUGGGCAAUGUUGGACUGAUUUUUCUCAUCUGGAAGGACCCACAUCUUCACACCCCUAUGUAUUUUUUCCUUGGCAGCUUAGCCUUUGCAGAUGCUUGUACCUCCUCCUCUGUGACUCCUAGGAUGCUUGUCAACAUCUUAGACAAUGGUCAAAUGAUAUCCCUGUUUGAGUGCAUGGCCCAAUAUUAUUUUUUUGGUUCCAGUGCAACCACAGAAUGUUUUCUUCUGGUAGUGAUGGCCUAUGACCGUUAUGUUGCCAUAUGUAACCCUUUACUUUACCUAGUAAUAAUGUCCAACAGAGUCUGUGUUUCAUUGAUAGCUCUGUCAUAUGUAAUUGGUUUUCUGCACCCUAUAAUUCAUGUAGGCUUAUUAUUUAGACUAACUUUCUGUAAGUUCAAUGUAAUAGAUCAUUUCUACUGUGAAAUCUUGCCUCUAUAUACACUUGCUUGCACUGAUCCAUCUAUCAAUGCAUUAGUAGUUUUCAUAUUUGCUGCUUUUAUACAAGCUAUUACUUUUUUGACCAUCAUGGUCUCUUAUAUUCGUGUCCUACUUGCCAUUCUGAAGAAGUCUGACAAGCGCAGAAACAAAGCCUUCUCCACGUGCAGUGCCCACCUGCUCUCUGUCUCUUUGUUCUAUGGCACUCUUUUCAUUAUGUACGUGCGUCCUGGAUCUGGCCCCCAAAAAUACCAGGAUAAAAUGUAUUCACUGUUCUACACAAUUAUAAUCCCCCUGCUAAAUCCCUUUAUUUAUAGCCUGAGAAACAAAGAGGUUUUGGGUGCACUGAGAAAAAUGAUAAAGAAAUAA